AUGCUGGUCAUAUGUCCGCACCAUGGCAUUCCAGAUUUGAUGUUGGGACAACGUUUCUACAUAGGAUUGUCAGACAGCGUGAAGAACAUUGUUGAUGCUUCAGCGGGUGGAGCAUUCUUGAGUAAAACAUGGAGAGAAGGUCAAGGUCUGCUUGACAAGAUGGCGCAGAAUUCAGGAUGGAUAACCAGAAAUGCACCUAUCACUCCAGGGGUGCACUCAGUGCCUUUAGAUCCAUCCAAUUCAAUGGUUGAAAAUAUGGCCACUUUAUUGACACAAAUGAGCAUACUCACCAAAAGGGUGGAAGAGUCAGGGCAAAAAUACCAGGUACAUAUUGUAGAUACUACUAAUGGGGGCUUGUGCACAUCUUGCAUUUGUCAGCCAAUUGGGUGGUUAGAAUUAGAGUCAGCAAAAUCAGCAAUACAGGCCAACCCAAUCACAGUUCAACAGUGGAAACAUCGGAGGUAUGAAACCCCCCACAAUAUAGCACCUUACCCAAGGCCACAGGGAUACAGUAAUCAGAAUCAACAGCAGGGGUAUCACCCUCCUCAGCAGCAGUACAAUGGAAGGCAGGAAGAUGGGUUUGCUAGACUUGAAGCAAUGAUGCAACAUGUCAUUGGGUCUAAUGCAAAGAUUACUGAGAGAGUAUAUGCACAUGACUCGGCGAUCAAGAAUAUUGAAAUGCAAAUGGGCCAAAUUUUGAUGUCUCUAAACAAUCGCCCUCAUGGAACACUACCCGCAGAUACCAAGGUAAAUCCAAAAGAUCAAGUCGCGAAACAGUUGAUGGCAGUGAGCUUACGUAAUGACAGAGAUUUGGAUGUGGAGCAAGAAAGGGCUCGAGAAGUCAGGGAAGCUGAGACACUUAUAUCAGUGCCCAUAGAGUUGGAUGAAUCAACGAAACUAACAGAAGUGACAGUCCAGCCUGCCCAGGAAGAAGGUAGCAUUCAAAUUGAGAUCGAGAAAGAAGCUGAAAUAGCACAGGAACCAGUGGUUGUUGUAGCGGCUGAGAAAGAUCGAUCCCAAAUGAUUGGGAAGAAGAGACCUCCUACACCCUUCCCUCAAAGGCUAGCUAAGUACCAAAAAGAGGAGCAAUACAAGAUGUUCUUGGAAAUGCUAAAACAAAUCCAGACCUGUAGUGCAGUGGUGACUAGACCAAUUGCAGAAAAGCUAUCUGACCCAGGGAGCUUUACAAUCCCAUGCACUAUUGGUGAUUUUGCCUUUGCUAAAACACUGUGUGAUCUAGGGGCCAACAUUAAUCUUAUGCUCCUGGUAGGGAAAUUUGUGUUCCCUGCAGAAUUUGUAAUAUUAGAUUGA